CCUCCGCAGGUGAAGCAGGCGUCGCUGCGCGCUCACAUCGGGGUGGUGCCCCAGGACACGGUGCUCUUCAACGACACCAUCGCCAACAACAUCCGUUACGGACGGAUCCUGGCCACUGACCAGGAGGUGCAGGAGGCAGCCCAGGCUGCUGACAUCCACGACCGCAUCCUUUCCUUCCCCGAUGGAUACAACACCCAGGUGGGGGAGCGUGGGCUGAAGCUGAGUGGCGGGGAGAAGCAGCAGACCGAGAGGAACAUCCAGGCCUCCCUGGCCAAGGUCUGCGCCCACCGCACCACCAUCGUUGUUGCACAUAGGCUCUCCACCGUGGUGGGCGCAGACCAGAUCCUGGUGCUCAAGGAUGGGCGCAUCGCGGAGCGAGGGAG